AUGGCGGAGGACGGCGAGCGGGAAGGGCUGCUGCGGCGCGUGCGGGAGCUGGAAGAGGAGGUGGCGGCGCUGCGGGAGAAGCUCGCGGCGGGGCAGGAGCGCGGCGGCGACGGCGGGAGCGAGGAGGCCCGGCACGCGGGCGGCAAGCGGCGGCGCCCCUUUGACUUCGGCGCGCAYGGGCGCAGGCGCGUGGCGCUCAAGGUCGCCUACCUGGGCUGGGGCUACCAGGGCUUCGCGAGCCAGGAGAACACGGGCAACACGGUGGAGGCGAAGCUCUUCGAGGCGCUCCUCAAGACGCGCCUGCUGGACGACCGGCGCACCUCCAACUACCAGCGCUGCGGGCGCACCGACAAGGGCGUCAGCGCCUUCGGGCAGGUGAUUUCGCUGGAUCUGCGCUCCAGCCUGUCGCCGGAGGAGCUCGCGCGGGACGGGCACGUGCAGGGCGAGCUGCGCUACACGCACAUGCUCAACCGGGUGCUGCCGCCCGACAUCCGCGUGCUGGCCUGGGCGCCCGUGGAGGCGGCGUUCAGCGCGCGCUUCAGCUGCCUGCGCCGCACUUACCGCUACUUCUUCCCCGCCGCCGGCCUCGACGUGGCCCUCAUGGACGCGGCCGCGCGCCGCUUCGAGGGCACCCACGACUUCCGCAACCUCUGCAAGAUGGACGUGGCCAACGGAGUCGUGAGCUUCCAGAGGACGGUGCUGAGCGCGCGCGUGACGCCGGCGGAAGCGAGCGAGGGCGCGCCGGAGCCUUUCCGCCUCUACCAGUUCGAGGUGAGCGGCUUGGCCUUCCUCUACCACCAAGUGCGCUGCAUGAUGGCCAUCCUCUUCCUCGUGGGCCAGGGCUUGGAGCAGCCCGAGAUCAUCGACGAGCUCCUGGACGUGGAGAAGAACCCGCGGAAGCCGCAGUACAGCAUGGCGGUGGAAUUCCCGCUGGUGCUGUAUGAGUGCCACUUUGAGAACGUGCGGUGGCUCUACGACAGCGCCGUGCAGGCCUUCACCGUGGCGCACCUGCAGCGCCUGUGGGCCGCCGAGGCCGUCAAGGCGCGCGUGCUGCGCGACAUGCUGCGCGGCCUCGACGCUGCCCCCGUCUCCACAGAGGCCGGCGAGGCCGCCACGGUCCCCUGGGGAGAGGUGACGCCGCCGGUGUGCCAGCAGCUCAGCGGCUUCGUGGAGGGCGUCAAAGCGCGCACGUACAAGCCCCUGCUGGCGCGGCCCAAGUGCGAGGCGCUCGAGUCCCGCAUCCGCCACUUCGUGCGCCGCGGCCGCAUCGAGAUGCCCCCCGGCUGCGGCCAAGCAGAGGCGCCCGAGCCCAAGCGCAGCCACGGCGCCGCCGCCGAGAACGGCGAGGAGGACGACGAGGCGGUGAAGGCCAACGGCGAGACCGCCCAGCGAGCGCCCAAGCGGGUCUGCAUGGAUGCCGAGGGAUGA